CUCCUGCUAGUCCCUCUUUGUCCGGUUGCGAUAGAAGGCCAUGAUAAUUAUGGCAAAAUUUGCGUUUUUGAAUGAAUUAUAGAUGAAUGGUGGAUCAACAAGCAUACACCGUGUGAGGACUGGUUUGCUGGCAAUGACACACCAGAGAGUUUCAAUUUAAAGGACAGCACAGCAAGCAACGGAGAAAGGUCAUAUUAGCUAAUGGCUGCCGAAUCGGGGAGACUACUGGCGGGACAAGGAAAACGAAGCAAAGCUUCACAGAUGAAGAGCCCAGAAAAGAAGAAGGCGAGGAAAUCCACGACUCAGGCAGCAGGGUUUUCCCAUCUCACUGAGUUUGCACCCCCUCCUACUCCCAUGGUGGACCACCUGGUUGCGUCCAACCCCUUUGACGAUGACUUUGGACCCCCAUCUCGACCUGCUGGAGCAGGCGGACCAGGUGGUGCUCCAUUUCUUUCCAGUCCAGGAGCAGGUGGCGGAGGUGGGUAUGGAGGCGGAGGCAGGAUGGGCGGAGGUAUGGGUUUUAUGGGAGGACCAGGGGGACCAGGUGGUGGCCAGCCUGGACGACGACCGCCAUUUGGUCCUCCAUCCAAUGCUGGACCUCACCACCAGCUAGGUUUUGGAGGAAUGCCUGGCUUUGGGGGUGGUGGUGGGGGUGGUGGUGGGGGAGGUGGAGGAGGAGGUGGUGGUGGAUUUCCCCCUGGUGGUCCCUCCCAGUUCAAUAUGCCACCAAACUUUAGUCCACCCAUGCAUCCAGGGCCAGGAUUCAAUCCCAUGUUGUCCCCCGGAGGUAUGGGAGGUCCUGGAGGAGGGGGGCCACCCCACCCUAGAUUUGGCAUGCCUCCGCAACAACAACAUGGACAAGGGGGACACCCCUUUAAUAGCCCCCCAUUACCUGGAGGUGGAGGGCCCAGAGGUCCCUCUCAUGGUCCCAUGAACUCCAUGGGCGGCAUGGGUCCUGGUAUGAACAUGAUGGGUAGUAUGGGUGGAGGCCCCGGAGGCAACAUGGUUGGAGGAUUACCAGGCAUGCCCCCUCAAGGACAGUUCCCUCCCUCACAGGAUGGUUCCUACCCUGGCCCCAGUCCUCCAGGACCUGGGAAUGAGGAAGGAAAGAACUUUGGAGGAGCGGGGUCACAGCCUGGGCCUCAACAGCAGCAGCAACAGCAACAACAGCAGCUUAACUUAAACCCCAACGGCCCCCCUCCUAAUAACACCACUCCUGGGCCUCCUUCCAACUCCGGCCCACCACAGCCUGGCGGUGGCUUCCCAGGUCAUCCUGAUGUCCAACAGCCCAACGCCAGUACACCCGGUCAGCCUCCCUCAGCACCGCCACAGCCUAACCCCAACUCCUCUCCAACCGGUCCACUGAAUGGAUCAGGACAACCUCCACAUCCACCUCCCAGUCAGCUACAGCCCCCUAGCAAUACAAACACCCCUAAUUCUAAUAACUCUAGCCAACAGCAGCAGCAACAGUCCACUCCACCCAACUCCACACCCGGCUCCACCCCCUACAACCAGCAGAACAACACUCCUGGCAGCAGUGGGCCCAUGCCAAACGCUGCCCCCAAUUCAAGUCAGAACAACAUGACCAACAACAACGGGGGAAAUACUCCUGGCAGCAACCCCAAUCCCCCGUCUAACUCCACCUCUACCCCAAACACCCAGUCUCCGCUGCCCCCUGGUCCCGCCGCCCCCUCGACCGGACCCGGAUCAGGUCCGGGGAAACUCGGCGGUCCGGGGAUGGUCUUUCCUUGUGGCCUCUGUAUGGCAGAGGUGCACGACGACCAGGACGCCAUCCUGUGCGAAGCAUCGUGCCAACGCUGGUUCCACCGUGACUGCACAGGCCUGACGGAGCCGGCGUACGGGCUGCUGACUCGAGAGAGCGCUGCCGUCUGGGCCUGUGACUUCUGCAUCAAGACCAAGGACAUCCAGGCUGUGUUUGUGCGCCAGGGAUUAGGCCAGCUGGUGGCAGCUAAUGAAAGCUGAGGAGUCGGCGACAAAGGAGCAGUAUGGAGGUGCAACGUGUAAGGACGAACAGAGACAGUGUUUGGUCUGAUCUGAUUUAUCUCAAUGACCUGUGCGUCACGUCUGCUUCUCGCCCAACUUUCUCUUGACUAGCCCUUUACUUAUUCACUACACAGAGAAAUACACUCAUUGACCUUCAUGCUUAUAUACAGCACUUUGAGUGACUCUAGGCAAAUUAUUUUCUUCCCCCAUAUAGGAGUCAAAUCAUGAUGAAUGUUUAACUACACAAUCCUUCAGACAUCUAGCCUGCCAACCAGCAAAGCACUGACACCAACACACUACCUCACACAGUUUGUGACUGACUGGCAUCGAAGCUCUCGCACUGACUGGCUGUGAUCGACCUGCCGUACUCAUGCGCCACAUGAGUGUGAUGAUAUUUUAGACGCAUACACACUCACAAGAGGCAGGUUAAUAAAUCACUGUAGGUAUGUUCAAAUAUGUCCCUGAUGUUUGAUACAGUGAGCCAAUGUCAAUGUAGUUUCACAGUUACAUUAAACCCUACAUGAUCGAUUAGUGCUUAUAAGUUUAAAAAAAAAAAUAAAUAAAAAUAUUAUGAGUGCCUAAAAAAAAAAGAAAAAAGUAAAAGGGCCUUGGAUUUGAUUUAUUAUGGCAUUAUUUUCCACCAGAUUUUCCAUGAGAGUGCUUAAUGUCAGCACAGGCCUGUCAUUUUUAGACUUUUUAAUCACAAGCAAAUAAGAUGAAAUGGACAAAUAAAACAGCAUAUUGUGUAAAAUCUCACUCUCAAUGAUAUUGUGAAACAGUGUUAACUGGGGAAGUCUUUAACUAAUUCCUGCAUCUACACACAUGCCUACAUAACGGUACACACAUUUUGACUCUGCUUGUUGUAUAAUUUUGACCCACUGCUGAUUAAUCCAAAGGAAACCCCGGCCGAGACACAAACACACACCUCACAGACAGAAUUAACCAUCAGUAGUUGUAAAUAUUAGGACAAAUCAUUUGUCUGGUAUUCCAUCAUUUGUGAACAUGCCGCAGAAUCGACCAAUGAACAAAAGAAUGAGUUGGACUUCUGUGUCUUGGUUGUAUACAGUAAGACGUUUUGGUUUUUAUACAGUACAUUUAAGUCAAGCGUUUCUUUUUAUCUCUGCAGUACUCAUGAAUUGUGAAAACAGUGCUUUUGGAUGGUGUUGGCAUAGCAAGUAGUGACAUCAUGUCAUAUCAGAUGUGCAUAGUCCUUUUUCUGAAAAAAGAGGGGAGGGGGGUGCAUGUGAACCAAUGCAGUAACUGUCUGAUCUGUUUAUGUUUAUAUUCUGGCCCCUGCAACAGGCCUUGAAGUAGACCAAAUAACUAAAGAGCGAAAAUGCCCAUUUUUCACAUUUCUGUCAUGGUAUAAGGUGUUAAAACUAUUCUUCCUUCUCUCUUUCCUUAUUUUUUUCUUUAUUCAGUGUCCAAGUUGCCUUUCUUUUCUUUCUCUCAGCUGUUCCUUUUUAUUUUGUACUGGUAUUUGUGGCGUGCUCUUGCUCCACUUUGGCGCCUCCUGGUGGAACCUGGAGGAGCCAGGAGUCCCACACCAGGUGGGGAAGGGAAAGGUACUGAACUUCGAAGUAAAAACAGAUUUUUUUUGUACUUGUCCAUGUCUGUUUUUAUUCCUUUUUUAAAAAUUUUUAUUUGUUUGCUAACCGUUGUAUUAAAAUAAGGGUUGGACCCAGUAAAACUGA